GAACCCGCAAGUCACUAAUUUUUGCUAUCUUCUGAGAAAAGGAAGUGAGAAACACAAAUCACAUUCACAAAGAAUGAGACGACGGCGCACCAAUGAUUCUGAUGCACAUAAACACAAUUCCCGAGCUCCAAUUUUUUCGAAAUCAGAUUCGGAGCACUCGCCAUUCCGUUGUUCCCAGAAACUAGUCCUGGCUUUGUGCUUGGCAUUCCGAAUGUUGAAUUCUCUUUUGGUGCAGAGCUAUUUCAACCCUGACGAACACUGGCAGGGUCCGGAGGUUGCGCAUCGAAUCGCGUUUGGGUACGGUCAUUUAACGUGGGAGUGGAAACAUGGUAUCCGAAGCUACUUGCAUCCCAUGAUCUUCGUUCCGCUUUAUAGGGUUCUCGCCUCAUUGCAUCUUGAUACCCCUUACAUUAUGAUGAGGGCUCCGCGGCUACUGCAAUCUGUGUUCUCUGCGGUUGGCGAUUUGUACUUGUACAAGCUCUCUGCGGUUCUCUUUGGUGACUGUGUUGCAAAAUGGGCUCUCUUUUCGCAGUUGACAAAUUGGUUUAUGUUUUAUUGUUUUUCUCGUACGCUAUCGAAUAGCUUGGAGGCUGUUCUUACGUUAGUGGCUCUGUAUUUCUGGCCCUGCAUGAGAUCCUCUGGCGAACGUUCCUUUGUUUCUAGGAAGUUGGGUUUAGUUUUAGCGGCAAUAGCUUGUGCUAUUCGACCAACAAGUGCGAUUACGUGGCUGUAUGUUGGCCUGCUUGAGCUUUUAGAAUCACGUGACAAAUUGAAGUUCAUAUUUUUGGAGGUGGCUCCUAUUGGGAUCCUGGUGCUUGGACUUGCCUCCUUAUUGGAUUGUUUCAUGUAUGGCACAUGGAUUCUAGUACCACUUAAUUUUUUAAAAUUCAAUUUUCUUUCCUCGGGUGGAGACUAUUAUGGAACUCACAAGUGGCACUGGUACUUCACUCAGGGAUUUCCAGUCAUGAUCUUCUCACACUUACCGUUUUGUAUAGCUGGUAUCAGUUAUUCCAAACAAUGGAAGUAUUCUGGCCUUCUUGCAUGGGUUUUGGGUUUCUACAGUUUAUUAGGUCACAAGGAAUUCAGAUUUGUCUUGCCAGUUCUUCCCAUAGCUCUGAUGUUCUCUGGUUAUUCUUUGGCUAUGAUAGAAGAUCCUGGUUCUGCAGAGUAUAAAGGAAAAACAUCUUCAAAAAAGGAUACUAGAUGUCCUCCCAAGAUGAUAGUCGCUAUCUUAUUUUUGCUUGUUACCAACAUUCCAAUGGCUUUGUAUAUGAGUUUGGUUCAUCAGAGAGGACCUGAAGAUAUCAUGAACCACCUUGCUAGAGAAGCUCUUCAUGGGAAGGUGAAAAGCAUCUUAUUCCUAACUCCUUGCCAUGCCACUCCCUACUAUUCCAUGCUGCAUCAUAGCCUGCCAAUGCAAUUUCUGGACUGCACGCCAAGUGAAGAGAAAGGAGUUCCAGAUGAGUCUGAUCGUUUCUUGAUGGACCCUGUUCCUUUUGUGUCUGAAUAUGCGAAAAAUUGGUCUCUGCCCAGCCACAUUGUUUUAUUUGAUUCAGAGGAAAAAAAAUUGAGGAACUUUUUAAUUUCAUUUGAUUAUAGAGAGGAAAAAAGAUUUUUUAAUUCUCACUUCAAGGUAGAUCGUGAUCUUCAAGCUUCAAUUGUUGUAUACGUUAGAAUUAGAUAGCAAUAUUCAUCUGAUCUGCAACAAAAUUUGGCACCGUGACAGUUCAGUGUAUCAUUUCUCCGCAUUGCUGCUUCAAUUUGAUGUCUCUGAAAUGAAUGUGUUGUCUGUUUAUGUAUUUCGUUUUUUGCUUACCAGGAAAUUUUGCAGUAGAUAGUUUGUAAAUGCCCUUCCAAUAUAUUUUUAGAGAUAUGUGGAUUUUCUCUUAGAAAGAUGACCUAUUUGGAUAACAACCAAAAUCAAUAUUUUCCU